GGGUUCCUACCAGCUCACGCCGCUGCGUUGGCGAGGCUGGGCGGCCGGGAAACUGCUGGCGCUCCAUCCUCCACGCCCCUUGGGUCCCGGGAUCUCCCUGCUCGGCUCCCGCAUCGUGGGCUGCGAUUGUCGCCACGGUGGCGGCCACUGCAUCUCGCCCCAAGUCCACGGCGCUAGGCGCUGUGGUGUCCACGACCCCCGAGCCUAUGACGGGCCAGGGCCAGCCGGCGGCCGGUUCGUCUGCGUGGAGUGCCGUGUUCCGCCACGUGCGGUACGAGAACCUGGUGGCGGGCGUGAGCGGCGGGGUCCUGUCCAACCUCGCGCUGCACCCGCUCGACCUCGUGAAGAUCCGCUUCGCAGUGAAUGAUGGACUGGAAGUGAGACCAAAAUAUAAAGGAAUUUUGCAUUGUUUGACUACAAUUUGGAAAGUUGAUGGACUACGAGGACUUUACCAAGGAGUAACCCCAAAUGUGUGGGGUGCAGGUUUAUCCUGGGGACUCUACUUUUUCUUUUACAAUGCCAUCAAAUCAUAUAAGACAGAAGGAAGAGCUGAACUGUUAGAGCCAACAGAAUACCUCAUCUCAGCUGCUGAAGCUGGAGCCAUGACCCUCUGCAUUACAAACCCAUUAUGGGUAACAAAAACUCGCCUUAUGCUACAGUAUGGUGGUGUUAUUAGCCCUCCACAGCAACAGUAUAAAGGAAUGUUUGAUGCACUUGUGAAAAUAUAUAAAUAUGAAGGUGUGCGUGGAUGGUACAAGGGAUUUGUCCCUGGGCUGUUCGGAACAUCACAUGGUGCCCUUCAGUUUAUGGCAUAUGAAUUGCUGAAGUUGAAAUACAACCAGCAUAUCAAUAGAUUACCAGAAGCCCAGUUGAGCACAGCAGAAUAUAUCUCUGUUGCAGCAUUAUCCAAAAUAUUUGCUGUAGCUGCAACAUACCCAUAUCAAGUUGUGAGAGCCCGUCUUCAGGAUCAACAUGUGUCUUACAGUGGUGUCGUGGACGUAAUCAUGAAGACAUGGAGGAAAGAAGGCAUCAGUGGAUUUUACAAAGGAAUUGCUCCCAAUUUGAUCAGAGUGACUCCAGCCUGCUGUAUUACCUUUGUGGUAUACGAAAAUGUCUCACAUUUUUUGCAUGACCUUAGAGAAAAGAAAGUAAGCUAAAAGAAGAUUUCCAGCAUAUCUGCUUAAGCAGCAGCAAGCUCCUUUGUGUUUAAAACACAGAACUC